GAGAUUUUCACCAGCCACGAACUUUGCACCUACAAGAUCAAGGAGUGCAUCCCGCGCAUGCUGGCAGCUCAGGCGUUGGGCACCCUCCUCCGGAUGUUCAGGAGGAUGGACUCAUUCUUCGGCAAGAGCGUCGUAAUCCUGGGGCAGGGCCAAAAUGGUCUGAUGGCGACGCGGCUGGUUGCCCAACUCUGCGCAAGGCACAUCAUCGCUGUGGAGCCGUUAGCCUUCAGACGUCGGAAAGCUGAGGAGUUCGGCGCGACCAAAGCCGUUUCGCCGGAGGACGCCGCCACAGCCGUUGCUGCAGCUACUGGCGGCCGUGGGGCGGAUGUGGUGUUGGAGAUGGUUGGUCACAAUCAGGCCACGAUCAACGAUGCUUUGGACCUUGUAGCAAAGCGGGGUACGGUGGUUGCAUUUGGCGUGCCGGAUGAUGCAGUUUACGGGACCUUUCAGUUUGCGAAGUUCUUCCGCAAGAACGUGACAUUGAUGUCGUCUGUGAUUCCAGAUCCAGGAGUGGAUUUUCCUCAAGCUGUGGAGCUGAUUGAGCGAGGCAGCUUUAGCACGGAAGGCAUCUUCACCCAUGUCCUCCCACUCGCUGAAAUUCAACAAGCUUUCAAGAUGGCAUCUGAGUACCACGAAGAUGUGGUGAAAGUAGUCAUCGACCUCCAGAAGCUUAACAGCUACGAUGCCAUCAUCAUUGGUGCAGGGGUGAUUGGAAAUUCCAUUGCGACCGAGCUUUCUCGCAACGGCUGGCGCACGCUCAACGUCGACAAGCUUCCUGGAGCCGGUCAGGGCUCGACAGGCUACUCUUCCGGCAUUUGCCGCACGAUGUACAGCUUGCUGGAUUGCGUGAGAUUUGCCUGGGAGGGCUAUACCUACUUCGACAACUGGGAGGAACAUAUCGGUGUGAAGGUUAAACUGAACACAGCCAUCUUUCACAUGGCUGAGAGCAUCCUGGACGACCUUGAACCCCGUCUAGGCCGGGGCGUUCGGCUUCCCCAGCCCCUGGGCACGAUUCGGCUUUUCCCACUUCUGCCGAAGGUUCCAGGCAGCGGCACGGUGCUCAUUCUGCAUGGUGAACAACAGGAGGACUGGCUUGGCAACCGCAGCAAAGACGGGGCCACGCCUGGUGGCGCCACGGCCCUGGGAUUGGCAUUGCGAGGCCUCGGUUUCACAGCCGUGCUCUUGGAUUCCUUCUUCGAUGAUCGGUGCAACCGUCUCGGGAAGGCACUCGGCCGCCGAGUCUCAGAUAUUUUAGCAGCCUUGGCGUAUUUGCAAUCCCGCAAUUUUCCUCCUCCUUACCACCUCUACGGCCAGAGACAAGGUGCCAGCACAAUCUUGCGGCUCUUUGCAGCUUCAGCCUACCGUGAUGUUCGGGCGCGGGAGGCAAUCUGGGCUCUGAGCUCCUUGUCCUCCUGCAUUUGUGAAGGAGCAAUGACGAUUGACGACGAGGACCUUUCUCCGCUUCAGCGGGCUUCGGAGCAAGGCCGCCUGCCACCGUUGCUAAUCCUGGCUUCGGAGGCAGCCGCUCCAGCUGCACAGCUUGCGGCCUCUGCAAUGGGUGGGGAGUCUCUCGAGGAGUACGAACGGCUUCAGUUAGACGGCCGGCGGCACGUGGACUGCUUGGUCGAGUGCCGUGUUACAGAUGGUUCUGUCCGCUGCAUUGCACGCACAUACACUGCGGUCAUGGAUCAACGCGGGCAGAAGCUCAAAGACGAUUCCGACGAGGAAGUGUCCAAUCACAUGUCCACCAUGGCACACGCCUGGCUUCAGAGAUUCGACCCGGAGAUUUGGCAGGAAGCAGGUGACUUGGAUGGAGAUGGAGAUGAAUUGGCGGAAGACAUGCCUGUUGCACCUUUGUGGUACGCCCUGACGUCACUAGAACUCAAGCAGUCCACCCUGUUCUUCUUUCAGGAUCCUCACGGGCUCGCCCGAUUGCGUCGCUGCGGUGCAUUGGUCCUGCGGUCGGAGGCUUCGCAGCAGUUCCUCGACCGAGUGAUUGCAAGCCACGACGCGGUCGGGCUGCCAUACGAGCACUGGGAGGCACCAGAAGUGAUGAGGAGGUUGAACUUUGAUCUCCAGAGCUAUGGCCCCCAGGUGCGUAUUGAUGAUGAUGCUUUCGGCGAGCCCAGAGGGAAGGACAUUUCGGGUGGAGUGUUCUUCCCCAUGGCAGGCUAUGUCAGCGACCCAAUGCUCGCGGCCCGAAACCUGCAGACUGCAGCCGAGGCGACGGGGCGUGCAGAGUUUCGGUUCGGUGAGACAGUCACUGCCAUCCGCCGGGUCGGCGGACGAGUUGCAGGCAUCAGCUGCGCCAGCGGCUUGGAGCUCGACAGUCCGGUGGUCGUAAAUGUGGCAGGCCCACACUCCGCGCAGGUCACGCACCUGGCCUUCGAGGAUCCGGCAGAGAACGACAUGGCCAUCAGCACCCGACCAAUGCGACAGGAGGUUGCAUACGUCAAUCCCCCACCUGGCGUCUCCUGGGACGAGGAUGGCCCAGGCUUGAUAUGCACCGACCUGGACGUGGGGGUGUACUUCAGGCCCGAAGUCGGUGGCAAAAUUCUCGUCGGCAGCGUCGAGCCGCAGUGCGAUGAGGACUACCACAUCUACCCUGACGAUCCCGAGGCAGUCUAUCCUGGCAGAGAGUUGUCCACUUUGACAGACCAGUGGACCAACCAGGUCUACCGCCUGGCCCUGCGGAUGCCGUCGCUGAAUCUACCAGACUCCCAAAGUGCGCAGGGCUGCAGCGCCUGCUACGACGUGACGGAGGAUUGGGUUCCCAUCUACGACAAGUCUUCCUUGCCAGGCUUCUACAUGGCCAUCGGUACCAGCGGUAACCAGUUCAAAAAUGCUGGCGUCGUGGGGCGACUCAUGCGUGAGCUGAUUGAGGCCACGGAGGGUGGCCAAGACCUUGAUAGCAACCCUCUCGAUUUCCAGAUGCAGAGGCAAGAAUACAGCUGCAGAGCUCCAUCAGGAUUCCGUGUGGCGGAAGUAUCUGUUCUACUACCUUCUCCCGCAAGCGGCAGAGGCUUCAGACCAGCGGCUCGGUUUUGGGCUGACCAUGGCGGACCCGUUAGGUGCAAGGACACUAUGCUCCAAAGCCCGGAAUGCAGCAACAUCCCGUCAAACCUGGAGGGCCCCUUGGGCUCGAGCCAGCUCCCUCUUCCAACCGUGUCUUUGCAGGUUGGCGAGGCUAUUGCCAUGGCGGACCCCUCAAAGCCCACGUCUACGGCGCGAGGUAUGCUGCCAGGCAUCCCACAUUAUGUCGACCGCGUCUCGGCCGAGUGCAUUUGGAAGGAAACCUUGGAGAAGGAGACCAGGCUGUUUCAGGAGGGCCGGAAAGCCAAUCCUGGUCCGCCUGCGUACGUCAUGAACCUGGCCAAUGCCCAGCGCCUAGGCGACCCCUUGGCACUCAAAAUACGUCACAGCCGCUUGGAAAUCCUAGCUCCCAAGGUGGAGAAGAACACUCCCCAGGCCAUCAUGUCCGGGGAGAACUGCGAUCCAAAUAGCUUUGACCACAAUGCCCUCAUGCACACCAAAAAGAUGCCGUGCCAGAAGUGGGACGUGCCGUGCACACGGGCGCAGGAGAUUGGAUGGCUCAUUGCAACUCGAAGCAGUGCCCAGGCUGUCGAAGCGAUGAAAGUGAGGAAGAGGUAUCCAGAGGCAGAAGCCCUUGGCAUUUGUCCGCCGCCGCGCAGCGAGUCGAUGCCCAGCCUGGAGUGUCGUCGACGGCUUCCCGAAGCUCCACCGGACAAACGGCUCAAACAGCUGAACAACAACAGGUUCUACAGACCGAAGACGUUCUGCGACAUUACUCUAUACGCUGAUAACUACAUGGCCACCAUGCACCAUGACCCGUUCAGUCGAGCGGGAGCCGGCUUGAAUCGCUUCGCCAGCGCCAACCACACCGGCUUGCCUAGCUGGUUCCAACUGCCAAGUCAGAGGAGGCUGCUGUUCAUGCCUUUCUCCUCCCAGAGCGGAAGUGCCGAUCGCCGAGGUUCCGGAUUCGCCCUCAUCCACAUCUGCCAGCGGCCCAGUCAGGUCCAGUACGGCUUGACUGAUCGCAAGAGCUUGGCCGAGUACCUCAACCACGCCAACAUCCGCCUGGUCCGGGCCGAGUACUUGUACGAGCUGCUGAAGUCGAAGAACCUCUUGCCCAGACGCCAAGAAGCCGACCCAGAGGAGUGGGGCCUAGUGACGCAUGCAGAAGUGAAGGCGUGGGCCGCCGGAACUCGGGAUGCGAUGAUCUGCUCGGUGUCCCACGCUUGGGAGAGUCGGGAGCAUCCGGACCCAUGCGCCCACCAAUUAAAGUGCCUGGUCGACGUCGUGUCUCUCUUCGAUGCCGCCUACUUCUCGGAUAUUUGGUUGUUUUACGACUAUGUGUCUUUGUUUCAGUUCAAGCGGGAGUCGGACGCAGAAGAAGAGAGCUUUCGACGGUCGAUGCAGGCCAUGCACGUCUUGUACGCCCAUGAGUGCACCCGAACUUUCCGCAUAGAAAACCUCACCCCGGACGAUGUCUGGGAAGAGGCGAAACAUAAUUCUGAGUAUCGAGUGCGUGUGUACGACGCAAGGAGCGCGGUGGUCCGAGAUCGUCCGCUCAAAGAGCUCGUCGCGAACCGGGUUCUUUACGGAACGCGCACCACCAAGGCGGAGGUUGAGUGGUCCUCCGCCCGGAGCCAUUCCGAACAGAACCACUGGAUCGAUGCUCCCGAGUCUCAACAAAGAAACGAGGAAGAGAGUGAGGGUGAGCAAGAGCCAGAGCUGCUGGGCAAAGUGCCCAUGGCUCCGGAGAUUUUCGAAAAAGAAAUGGACUCGGCAGCCUUCACCCAUCGGUCUGAUGCCGAAGAGGUGAAGAAGCUGCAGUUCAAGGUUUCCUCCAGAAAGUCUCCGAGUGCGAAGAGGCGCUCUUCGAACGUCUGCCCGAAGGGCAGCUGA